GAAAUUGCCCUAAAACACGAGCCCAUAGCCCGCCUACGGCUCGAGACAUUCCCCGUCACCGCCUUCCUGGUAGACGAGCCCGGCAGGACCCCGGACCCAGACGAAGGCAGAAGGACGGAUUCCGAAUCCAGCGACACCUCUGAAGCCAGUCCAGAGCCGUUCUACCAUCUCGAGGACCUGUGGACAGAUGACAUGUUCCCAACCAACCCGGCCCCACUACCGGACUUACCCUACCCAGGCCCGUCAGAUGCGGAAAUCAAUGAGAUCACUCCAACUGGCAAUAUGGUACACUCUAACCAUCACCCUCCACGCCCACAUGCACAACGAAAGAGAACCCGCCAUCUUUCACACCAUCGGUGAAGUGGCUACCGACACGACCGCUUUUUUCAUCAUCGGCCGACUGGAUUUAGACCCCAUAGAAGACCAACUCCACCAUAUCCAAGAGAUACUCCGCUACCUGAAAAAGGCCACGCCAUCCACUGAGGACAGCCCAGACCAAGUUUUCACCAAACAAGUACAGUUGAUAGAAGUGGAUACUAUCGAGUGCCUCAGCCGAAUCGAAAACCUUCGCAACCUCAACCAGAGCCCAGCACGGUCAGAGCGAUCAGCCCUCCUUGUCCUAGCCGGACUCACCGCGCUAGGUGGAGCUCUAGGAGCCAUUCUUAGCCAUCAUCAAAUAUCCACCCGAAUCGACGCCCUAGAAGUACAACGCAAUAGCAUGCUCCACUACCUGGAUGCCACCAGUAGUCAAAUGGAGGUCAACAAACACCGGAUAGCCCACCUCAACGCCACCAUCACCGAGCUCGUGAAACAUGAAAUAGGAUUUGAAAAGAAGAUCAAAACCCAACAACGCAAGUUACAGGCAUAUAUUCAGAAAGAAGCUCUCCUGUCUCUAACUCAAUACGCUGUAACCCAAGCCACCCACAACAUUUAUGCCAUCCUAGACACAUGGACGAGGGCGUUGCAUGGGCAAAUCACCAUUGAUCUAUUUCAGCCCCAAUUGGUACGAGAAGCUUUGAAACGCAUGUCCAGCCAAACCAACGGCCCCUUGAAAUUAGCCUUCGAGCCCACGGACUUAGAAGCUUUUUACAAGCUGCACUGCAACACAGACAUGAGACAAGGUCAACUGAGAGUAGUUGUACCCAUCCCCGUGUACAACAUCAAAGAAACCUUCACUGUCCACCGAUAUCUGGCCAUGCCCAUCAGCACCACCCAAGGCCAAGAAUGACGAAUGACGAAUGACGAAUAGAGUGACGUACCCCAACCAGUAUCUCAUGCUGAACGACGAGAGCACCCUGUACCAAGAACUAAACCAAGCUGAGUUGAAUGCUUGUAUCCGAAUCAGGCAACUCUAUCUUUGUCCCCAUGUGCGUGUAUUAACUAAGACAUCUGCCAUUACAUGCCUUUUUGCUCUAUUUCGAGGUGAGACCAUCCCAAUCCAACAGCGAUGUCCCUUCGAACUCCAACCCAGAACCCAAAAUCUGGAACUACACCAAGUAGGACCUCAAACGUUUAUGGUAUUCACCCGCCAACCAGAAGAGGCCCAAAUCACGUGUUCCAAUGGAACCACCGACGUCCGAUAACGCCUGGAGCCACCCCAGUACACCUGAGAGAAGGUUGCUCAUUCAACACGAAAGAGCACUACGUACCCGCAACCUGAUCCAAUUGGCUGGGAACCGAGAUGGUGGUAACCCGACCCCCAAAAAUCCCCUCCCUCGACUUAGUCGAACUCCUCAACCACAAUCACCCUCACCACCACAUCCAUCCCGAAGAACUCGAAGAAGCUCUACUCCAAUUGAACCAACCCGAUAUGCCCCAACCUCUACCCAUGUCGGAGUUGAUCGCCACCGCCCACCGAAUCCCCAAGUCCACGUCAUGGUCCCACGCCACCCAUGUGUGAUUCACGUUAGCCACGUUGAUAGGUCUCUGUGUUGGACUAACGAUCUACAGCACCAAGAACUUCACGAUCUGCCGCCGCACAGCCAAUCUCUGCCGCCGGAAUACCCCAACCCCAGAAAGCCAACUCCCCUCUAUCCUCUUUCGUCAGAGGAGGGUAACUGUAGUAAACGGCAUUCAGCCGUAUAGUGCUGAGUUGCGAUAGACCACUGUAGGAGAAGAGCCAAUAUUCAUCAGAGCAACAACUAUGGAACGAGGAUUAAUGUUAGAAGCAAAAAACAUUGCAAGGAUGUCAAGGCCAAGCAUUCCAAUCCCACCAACGAAGAUUGAUGAGUGCAGUGUGCAAAGACGUCAAGCCAAGUAGGCUGGAAGCCGAGGACCUGUCAACCUGUCAACCUGUCAUGUAACAAAGCAGCAAUGCGAAGAUGCCAGACUGUGUAACCCAUUUAUCUGUCAUCACCCCAAUGCAUAAAAAGGCACCAUGGAUUGGAGUCAGACCGUCUAGGUAUUGAUUAGGGAACCUCAGAGUUCAUGAGGGUGACCUAACCUUGGGUCCUGUUGAGCAGGAAACCCCCCUCAGAUCGAUCUCAAAGGCCAAGUUCAGGAUCCACAUCUACUCUAAAAUGAAGACAAUCCAGGCAUCGGUCCACUGACGUAACCCCUAUGCUUAUGAAGACAUCCCUCCAACGUUGCCCGUAUUACGAAAACCAUGUGCAGCCUUGGUUGAGCGAUUCAAGUAGGUUUCGUCCAAAGCCAAAAAGUAUAUUCAUUUAUUUCACGUCAGUCAAGUGAUGUCUUUAUUUUCUUCCAUGGGAUUCAGACACUGUUGAGUGAGGAAAGGUGGGCGUCAUACUUUUGAUACCAAACGCUGAUUUUUGUUCGUUAUUUUUAUUUCAAAAUUAGAGUACGUAUUAGGUUUGGGUUUCCCCAAUGAGUGGUUCAACAGCCUGCGAUACAGAACAUUCUCAACCUGGUUAUGGCUUUGAUUGGAUGAUAUGAUCAUUAGCUAUCUUACAGCUAGUUUUUCUUUUUCAUUAUGUCCUUGGCCGAGCUGGAUCCUGGAAAGAUUUGCCCGAAUUUUGGACCAAAUUACCAAUCAAACUUCAAAAACACUGGGUAAAAAGUACCACAUAGGGUUCACAAAGGCGACGGUUUCAUUGAAGAAUUCUUGAUUAACAACGUUAAUGUUUUGCUUUACAAUGCCCUGCUUUGUAGGUACGCAAAGCAAAGAGUUAAGGCACCAUUCAUAGCAUGGUUUUGAUAAAUAGUAACAAUGUGCUUGUGUUGUUAUUUCAUGCUUCCAAAGUACAACUAAGGUUCGGUGGACGGUCAAAAAUUCUAGAUUUGCGUGGUUCAAUACAGAGGUUAGAAUAAUUAGUAAGGCAUUAUCCUUGCUAGUUUAAUUAGUUUGAUAAAACAGCAUUCAGUAGCACACCUCUUCAAAUUUACUGAGUGGCUACCAAAUUCAAAGGUACCAUUGCUUUCUCAAGCCUUAUCGGACUAAUUGGUGUUUGAUCACAGAAAAAAUUAGUUUCACCCCUCCAAGAGGGACUAUGAGCCUGAAGGUUGUGAAUGAUAUUGGUUGAGAUCUCCUCUUCAUUUUCAAAAGUGAAGGAAGACACAUGAUCAGGCAGGAGUUUGUGAUGCUCAGUCAGAUUGGAUGACAUGAUUAAAAUAUCUGGAUCAGACGAAUUCUAAAUCUGUUCGUUCCACAAUUGGCCUUGUUGGGAAACUGAAUGCGCCUGCCUUGAAGGUAAAUGGAAACCAAGUGUGGGGGCUGUUUAACGGCAGAUAAAUUUGCAGGCUGCCUUGUUUUUAUCUUCAGCCUCACCUCGGGUCACACCUGGAGAGGGUCAAUGAAUUCACUUCAUAACCCCUCUAAACACGUUCAUGGAUUUCUAAUAUGAGGCCAAAGCUUACAAGGUCACUACAGAUGACUGAGGUCUGGAUUGUCUUCAUAAUAGAGUUGAUGCGGAUCCUGAGCUUGGCCUUUGAGAUCGAUCUGAGGGGGUUUUCUAGCUCAACAGGACCCAAAGUGAGGUCAUGCUUAUGAAAUUCUUUGCUACGCCAUCAAUUGAAAUUUCAAAAAAUCCAUUGAACAGAAGACUCUGAUAUAUUAACCUUCAAAAGUGGUAAUUUGUAACAAAUUUGGUUGCAAAAUGCUCUGGUU